CGUCCUGGCUGAGAGGUGGAUGCGACUGGUGGAGCGGAGGAGACAAGAGGGUCGCCGGCCGUUGAGUCAGCCAACAAAUAUACGUUUUAUUUCCCCUUCCGGUGGCCGGUUCAGUCUCGAAUCUUUAAAACCCGGUGUCGUAAGCCGGUUCCAACCGGGUUCUUUCCGAUGAUCAUUUUCCCGAACCGGACCGGCAAAAGAGUUCCGUCGGACGGCGUCCUCCGCCCCCCUUUUGUCGACCCACUUAGCAGCGAAAUCUCCUCAAGGACUCCCCCUUACUUCCCUUCUGCUUUCCUCAGAAUCGUACUCGCUUUUCCUCUCGUUCAGAUUUUGUUCGGAUUCCCCACCCAAGAAUCUUCCGAGUCCGUAGAUCAUCGUCGAUCGGUGUGAGAACUCGGCCGCGGUCGCCCCUCGCUGGCCAGAGGUCAAGUAUAUAAGUUUUUUUAUAUAACUGAUGUACCAACAAGAGACCACUAAUGGCGAGUCUAAAGAAACGACAUUUGAAGAUGAGGAUGAUAGAGAAGAUAUUGAAUUUGAGAAUGAAAGAUGUGGAAUAUGUACAGAUGUCAUCAUUGAUAGAGGGGUUCUGGACUGUUGCGACCAUUGGUUCUGUUUUGCAUGUCUUGACAACUGGGCUACCAUCACAAAUUGCUGCCCAAUUUGCCAAAAUGAGUUUCAGCUUAUCACAUGUCUUCCAGUGUAUGACACCACUGGCAGUAUCAGAAUUGAGAAUUACUCACUUUCCAGGUUUUGUCCUCUGGUUGUAUGCUGUUUGUGGAUUAGAAGUGGAUUGGAGUGUUCAAGGGAAGAACAACACCCUGUCCUUUCCUUCAUACUACAUUGAUGAAGAUGCAGUUGCAUGCUUGGAUGGAGAUGGAUGCAAGGUUAGAAGUGGACUGACGACAGCGGAUGAUGGUUUAAAUUUUGAUACAUCAAUUGCUUGUGAUUCAUGUGAUAUAUGGUAUCAUGCAUUUUGUGUUGGAUUUAGCCCUGAGUACACUUCCGUUAGUUCUUGGUUGUGUCCAAGGUGCUUAUCUAUUGAAGAACCACAGAAGAUGGAUGAUAUUCCUGUACAAGACCAGGGGUGGCACUCUAUUUUGAAAGCUGCUGACCAUGGAUGGGCAGUUGACCAUUCUUUUUUGGGGAAGGUAUCAGUAUCUGUUGCUGAUGAUGGUGAAACAGCUCUUGUUGUCUCAAUGGUUCAAAGGGAUCAGACAAGUAAGGACGAUACAAGUGCAUCAGAGGAUUUGAUAGAAACAAACACGAGGAAGGAAACUGAAACAUCUUUUUCUGAAUCUAAUGUUGAUAAUCCAAAACUCAAUGUUCAGGUUGACAAGAGUGGUGAUUUCAAACUUAACUGUGAUGACUUGAUAUGCAGCAAUGAUAGUGUGUUUGAUGGAAUGGUUGCAGACACUGAUAGUAGUUACGAAAAUCUGUUGGAUACAUCACCUGCAAUGACACGGGAAGAUAAUGAGCUGAACAACAUAUCUUCAGCAUUAACACUGUUAGAAUCUGCACCUUCAAAUAUAGUUGAUUCACAAUUAAGUCUAUCACAUGGUGGACCUAUAUCCUCUUCUGAUCAGCCAUUAAUACAUAGCUUGCUGGAGGCUAAUCACACGGAAGAAACGAUGUGCAAUUCUUCUAGAUAUAAUGAUCAUGAUGACUCAUUUUCCCUGUCUUACCAAAACAUUGAUGAACUGCGUCAAGACAAACUUGGUGAACUAGUUGAUGUUGAUGUGAAAGAUCCGUUAGUUAUGAGUAGAAGCUUACACAAUCCAGAGCAAUGUCGUAUAUCAGUAGAUGAUAUUAUUACCAGCUCUGUUGAGGAUGUGGUUAAUGCUAUUUGUCAAGAGGAUUUUAAAGUUACAGGUUUGGUGGAGGAACAUACAACUGAAUCCAACUUACACCUAAUGGAUGUUGAUUCCAUUAUCAAACAAAAGGGGAAAAGAAAACUGGAAUUCCAGGUAAAAGCAAUGACUGAGGAUAAUGCAAAGAAAUCUAAAUCAGAUGAGACAUCUCUGAUGUUGCCUUCAGGAAGUCAAGCUGAUGCUUCCAUUCCAGAUGACUUUAAAAGUUAUCCUAAAGCUGCAACAAUUUGUGAAGAUGAUGAUACAAAAUGUAAUGCAGAAGAUUCAGCUCUACAUACAGACAUCAUGAGUAUUGUUCGAGAGGCAGACAAUAAACAUGAUGGUCAAAUAGGCGAAAAACAUAAAAACAAUGUUGUAGGAAAAAAAGAUGAUUCUACUGGGCUUAGAGUAAAAAAGAUCAUGCGAAGUGUUGGAGAUAAAGCUGAAAAAGAAAUUCUAGUUCAGAAACUGGGAAAGGAGAUAAAAGAGGCAGUUCAGGUUAAAACCUCUAACUGCAAUUUUGAGGAUAAUGCCUUUCACGGCAAACUUUUAACAGCGUUUCGUGAAGCAAUAGUUAAACCCAGAGAUGAAGUAGCUAACAAAUUUAUUCCUUCACUUAGAAUGAGGAAGCAAUUGCUGCAAAAAGGAAAAGUACGUGAGAAUUUGACCAAAAAAAUUUAUGCAACGUCCAGUGGUCGCCGGAGGCGAGCUUGGGACAGGGACUGGGAGAUUGAAUUUUGGAAGUACCGGUGUCCAAAAUUAAAGCCUGAAAAAAUUGAGACACUACAGUCAGUUCUUGAACUUCUCAAAAAAGCAUCAACUUCCUGCAUGGAGAACCCAGAAAUGGAUCAGGGUCCACAAGGAGACAUGUCAAAUUCAAUUCUGUCUCGAGUAUACUUAGCUGAUGCCUCAGUUUUCCCAAGAAAGGAUGAUAUCAAGCCCCUCUCUGCUGCUGCUGUGAUUGGCAAUGAUCAAAAAGAGAAAAGUCUUGUUACCACUCUUUCUGAGAAGGAUUCACAAAAUGUUGCGAGUAACAAAACAAAGUCCCAAGCAUCUGAUAGUCAGGGAAAGAAUUUUGGUGCUUCAAUUAUUCCAAAGAAAGCUCCUUGCAAAAGAGGAAGUCCAGAUGUACAAAACACAGCAACAUCCUCCAUCUUGGCUGCAAGUAAGGUGAAAGGGCAAAACAAGAACGAGACAUCUAUUUCCAUUAAGAGUGGACAAAUUCUGAAGGAGCAGGCUAAUGUAUCUAAUAUGGCUAAGAAUGAUAAAAGGAAGUGGGCUAUGGAGAUUCUUGCUAGAAAGAAUGCUUUAACGAGUUCAAAUUCAGUUAACGAUGGACAAGAAGAGGGAAAUAUGCUCAAGGGAAACUAUCCGCUACUGGCCCAACUUCCCAGUGACAUGAGACCAGUUGUGGCACCCAGCCGCCACAAUAAAGUCCCAAUUUCAGUCAGGCAGGCACAACUUUACCGCAUUGCUGAACAUUACUUGAGGAGAACAAAUCUAUCUGUUAUUUGCAGAACGGCAGAUGUUGAGUUGGCUGUAGCUGAUGCAGUUAAUGUAGAAAAAGAUAUUUCUGAAAGGUCUAACAGCAAAAUGGUUUACAUAAACCUUUGUGCACAGGUUCUAUCUCAGUGCACUAGGCUGCAAUCAGAUGCAGGUCCAUCCGACUCACUGGUAAACACUAAAUCUAGUGCUGAUCAGGCAGUUGAAAAAAGUGAAAAUUGUAUUGAUCGGGUUGCGAAAAAAGCAAUCUCGGAGCCUAAACCAGUAGUGUUUGGUGAUGUAGAAGAGGCAUUAAGAGUUGCUGGCCUCUCUGAUUCUCCUCCUAAUAGUCCUGAAAAAAAUGUGAAGGGCACCAAUGAAGAUGUUGAUUCUUCGGUAUAUGGUGGGCAGGAAUAUGUUGACAAUGACAUUGAUAUCCAUCCUCUGUUUGGUACAUAUGGAGAUACGAAGAAUAAAUUAGAGGAUCAGGGGUAUGCAGCAUCUUGCAGUGUUGCUAAAGCUUCAGAGGUGUCAGAAAAUGAGAACUCCAAAAUGAAGGGCAUGUUCUCAAUCAUUGGUUCUGAAGAGCCACUUAAGUGCCCCAACUAUGAAUCUCAAGAACCUGCAAGUUCGACAAAAUCAUUAGUUGCCACCAAUCAGGAUGACUUGAUUGUGGAGGUACCAUCUAAUUGUUCAACUUUGCUCCAGUAUCAAAACGUAUGUGGCAAAGGAAAUGCACAUGUUAAUGUUGAGGUUGAUGUUUCAACUGCUACAAAAAUAUUUCAAGGGGAUGAAAUCAAUGUGCUUUCCUCAACUGAGCACAAUAAGUUGCAUGGACCAGAAAAAGAACCUCCCCUUGACACAUCUAGUGAACUAAUGGGAGAGGCAUGCAAGAUAAUGGAGAGAGAAGCUGCAGGAAAAAGCAGUAUUAAUAAUGAAAAGGAAGAUAAUAGUUCAAAAGAUGAAUUUGCAGUGCCUAAGCUUGAGAUUGGUAACUGUUCCAAGAGUAACAUUCUUGGUGAUAAGGUUCCUUUUGAAGGUAGAUCUUCUGGAAGGAGAAAUUCACCAAAUUCUAUCAUGAGCGAAAUUGCUCCUAAGGUGGAACAGGCUAAACCCAGCACUGCUGAUUCAUCUGAUUCAUCUCAUCCCAUAUAUAAAAAGGUUGAGGCAUAUGUGAAAGAACACAUCAGGCCACUUUGUAAAAGUGGCGUGAUAACUGUUGAGCAAUACAGAUGGGCUGUCACAAGAACAACAGAUAAAGUUAUGGGACACCACUGCAAUGCUAAAAAUGCAAAUUUUCUCAUCAAAGAAGGUGACAAGGUGAAAAAGCUCGCAGAGCAAUAUGCAGAAGUUGCUCAGCAAAAGAUGUGAUAGUUUCUAUCAUCAGGGGGCAUCCAGAUCAUUGUUAAUAGUCCUGGCAUUACCACCAGAGCCAAUCCAUGUUUUUGCUGUUUCCUUUUUCCUGACCUUAAAUCUGUUUCUCUAUGUGCAUUCCCUAUUCAUCUUGCUUAAAGAAAUGGCUACGACAUAGCCAGAAGCACGGUUUAGCAGCAGCCAAUGUGACUAUAUCCGUUCUUACACUUGUGAUACAGAAUUGGCCAAAUUAGAUAAUUGUUCACCCAGAAUCUGUAUAUACAUGUAGAAGAUGGUAGAUUCUUAGUAGAUGAAAGUUGAUAAAUGAAGCAUAGAUGUGUCUCUGCAACCAGCUGAACUAAA